AUUCGUAUGUCUUGGGGAAGGCCCGAAUGAAGGGAUCACGUCAGUGGGAGACGUACGUCACAUGUGUAACGUUUGAGCCAAGAUGGCGGCUGCCGGGGGAGAGCCUGUUGCUCAAGGUGGCAGUAGAGACGAUGCUUUUCAGACGUUUUACACAGAGGUGAAACAAAUUGAGAAGAGAGACUCUGUAUUGACGCCGAAGCAACAAAUAGAACGUUUGCUUAGACCUGGUUCAUCUUAUUUUAAUCUCAACCCGUUUGAGGUGCUGCAGAUUGAUCCAGAUGUAACUGAUGAUGAGAUCAAGAAGCGUUUCCGACAGCUGUCCAUCCUGGUGCACCCUGACAAAAACCAAGAUGACCCAGAACGUGCCCAGAAGGCUUUUGAAGCGGUUGACAAAGCAUACAAAUUGCUUCUGGACCCGGAACAGAAGAAGCGGGCGGUUGACGUGAUCCACGCAGGGAAGGAAUAUAUUGAGCAUAUGAUGAAGGAGAAGAGGAAACAAUUGAAGAAGGACGGCAAGCCGCAGAUGGUGGAGGAGGAUGACCCCGAGUUGUUCCGGCAGGCUGUGUACAAGCAGACCAUGAAGCUGUUUGCUGAGCUGGAGAUCAAGAGGAAGGAGCGCGAGGCCAAGGACAUGCAUGAGAGAAAACGACAAAGGGAGGAGGAAAUUGAAACUCAUGAGAAGGCGAAACGAGACCGGGAAUGGCAGAAGAACUUUGAGGAAUCGAGAGAUGGGCGUGUAGACAGCUGGCGUACCUUUCAGGCGAAAGGGAAGAAUAAAAAGGAGAAGAAUCGCACCUUCCUUAAGCCCCCAAAAGUCAAGAUGGAACAGAGAGAGUGAUUCUGUCCAGCUGUUGUGUGUGUGUGUGUGUGUGUGUGUGUGUGUGUGUGUGUGUGUGUGUGUAGAGUGUGUGUGUGUAAGAGUGUGUGUGUGUAAGAGUGUGUGUGUGUGAAUGAAUGUGAACGUGUGCGUAGACGUCCAGAGCAGCCUGCGAUGACACCCAAUCUCAACAGUCAUAUUCAUCGCCCCUGUUCACACUUGGAGACACAUCCCUUCCUAAGAGUACAGCUAUCUUUAGGUUUUCUUGUUUUGUUUGUUUUUUUGAGGAAAACAAAUGUACAUAUUUGUGAAAAAUGUGACUUUAGAGACUCUAACAGUAAGGCUCAGUAUAUGUUAGGGUAGAGGAGUACUUGUUUUCUUUUUCAUGUCUGUCAACAGUUUCUUUCAUUUUUUUACUCUCUUCAGAGACAAAAAUAAACGCUUGUUUGUAGCAGUUUGUAGAGUCCCUGUUGAUAAUGCAUGGCUCAAUGGCGUUUUAUUCUUUGUCAGUAUUUAAUUGAUCUGUUCAGCAGGAUUAAAUGAAAUAGUUCCAUGUAUUCCAUGGUAGAAACCUUUCCAUAUGAGGCUGAUAAAUAUUUUCCAUAAAAUGUU